AUGACGUUGGAGCUUUCAGAGAUGGACGACUAUCGGAUAAACUGCUCACUUGCAUGCGAAUACGGUGACGGAUCAACUAUUUAUGUGACGACAAAGACAAAAAAGCUAUGGGAUAUAUACGGGAUCAGAAGUCUACUACUAUUGAGUCUUGGAGUACAAACCAUUCUUACCAUCUUCGGAAAUCGGAGAAGGUACCGUUUAAGAUAUCUGACCCGAUUUUUCCUUUGGUUGUCCUACUUGACGGCACGUCCCGUGGUAACAUUGGCAUUGGGCAAGCUUUCAGGAAUUAAUGCUGAGGUUUUUGAUGUGAAAGGAAAUCAGCUAGUGCGUAGCGAAUUCUUUGACGAAUAUCUCUACUAUUACGCAGUUUGGUUUGCACCAUUCCUUUUGCUGCAAAUUGGUAGCCCUAAUGUUAUUUCUUACUCCGUUGAGGAUAAUAAGUUAAAGUUUAGGCAACUUAUUGGGCUAACCACCCAGGUCGCCAUCUCACUUUGGAUCUUUUCUAAAUUACUUGGAUAUUGGCAAAACAUACUCAUACUCAAUAUACUUUUGUAUGUAGCUGGAAUAGUUAAAGUUGCAGAGAGACUCCGAGCUCUCUGGUCAAUAAGUAUUACUGAAAAUGUCGUGAUAGCUAGUUUUGCAAAAAAUGAUAUUCGAAGAGAAGAAACCUCACUUGAGUCUAGCUCAUUUUCCAAUUAUUCUCAUGAUCUGUUUCUGCUUGUGAAGGCUUAUCAACGCUUUGAUCGAUUAAAGCCUUAUCUUGAGAAUUGGCUAGGCCAUCCUUCAUCAGUUUAUCUUUCUUCGAUGAGUGUAGAAGACUGUCCUCCUAAGGAUGUUUUUAGAAUCACAGAAUUUGAGCUUAGUUUUAUGUAUGAUAUGCUCUACACGAAGGCGUCAAUUAGCUAUUCCAACAAAAGUUUAUGGGGUCGCAUCAUUUUCUUUCUUGCUCUAGCUUUGCUUUUGGUGAUAUUAACUAUAUUUUGGUUUGUUCAGCCAGGUUUUCAAGGUGUAGAAGACAUAAUUCUCUUACUUUAUUUAUUAGCAGUAACUGUACUUGAAAUUUAUGAGAUGAAGGAGUUUUUGUUCUCAGAUUGGGUAGUACUUCAAAUGAGGAAACAAAAUAGGAGCACAUUUAUCAGCAGAUCCAUAUCGAGAAUUGCUCCAAAAAUUCCAAGAAAGAAUCAUAGGUGGUCUCAUUGCAUAGAUCAAUUCAACUUACUAAGCUAUUGUCUCUAUGAAGAUACUACAAAGCUUGGCGGGUUGAUUAGAAGAAUUUUCAAGGUCAAGGGCUACUACAAGGAGUACAUGAAGUAUUGUGUCAAGAAACACAGUCCAGUCCCUGAAGAGUUGAAGAAGCUGAUACUGGAACAAAUUCUGGAGGUAAGAGCUCAAAGAGGCUGGCAAUCUUUCUCUAAAAGGGGGGAAGGGGCUCUUGAAAGAUGUAACUGUCUCCAAGAUUUGGAAUGGAGUAUUCAAACAGAUUUUGAUACCCCAGCAAAGAAGCAAACAAAUUUCGGCAAAGCCAUUAUUAUAUGGCACAUUGCCACCACAGUUUGCUACUAUUUAGAUGAUGGUGCAUCAGAAAGUACCUUAAAUCACCCCUUAUGUGAAAUGAGCAAAGUUUUAUCAGAUUAUAUGAUGUAUCUUUUGGGCAUGAUUCCUGAUAUGUUAUCUAUUGUUACUGGUGACCUUCUCUUUCAUGGUGCUUGUGCUCAAGUCGAUCAAUUUUUUAAGGCAAAACAAUCAAAGGAUGAAGCGACAUUGUGUGGGAAUUUACUAGUUGAAACUUAUUUCCAAGGAAUUCCCAAUAACAAUGUGUUUACAUCAGAGUGGAAUGUAUUGCUUCAGGUGCAAAAAUUGGCAAAAAUAUUGCAAGAGAGGGACGACAAAUGGAGUAUUAUAAGUAGUGUCUGGAUGGAAAUGUUGUUUUAUGCUGCGAUUAAUUGUCCUUGGACUCUCCAUGCAGAGCAACUUAGGAAAGGUGGACAAUUGCUCACUCAUAUUUGGCUUCUGCUUGAGCACGAGAAAGAUCAGCCCCAUGAUUUGUCCCUUGAAUUGUAA